GCCUUAUCGAGUGCGUUGGAUCUUACGACAACAACAUGGAUCGUUUUGUACUACUAGCCCUGCUGCUAGUGGUGGAUAAUAUCUGGUUUCCAGUGACUGCAACUACGUACGCUAUCGACAAGUUCUACACGGAUCUCGUCUCUUGCAGCGACACACCAAACGCCGUCAGAGUUUACACGGCAGCUACUUGUACCGCUGAAACCUGCUUCACCGAUGAGAACUACGACAAUCGAACUGCAGAAUGCAGGUCGGAGUAUUUGGAGACAAUGAAGGAAAGCUUCGGUACUUCCCAGUACAUUAUCCAAGCCAUCUACACAGACGCCACCUGCGCCUCCACCUCGUUCGAUUACGCCGUUGGAUACCGAGUGACCGGCUCGUGUGAACUCGGAUACGUUGCGGUGGAGAGCGGUUAUUCAGCGCUCUUCUACUUCAACGCGACACUGUCCGAGGAAGGCACAGCAGAGGUCAAGUUCUUUACGACGCCAGACUGCUCGAUAAUCUCGGACUCAUCGACGACCUCUGAUAUUGGCGCAGUCGUCGCUUCUAGAACUACACUGGAGAGUGGAGAUUGCGUUCCACUCGACUACAACUCGUACAUGUAUUCGGACACAGGCUACACACGCUGGUACAGUAGCAACAGCUAUGAUGAUGGUGGUGGUCUGAGUACUGGAGCUAUCAUCGGAAUCAUCUGCGGUUGUAUACUGUUUCUGCUGAUUAUUGUAGCUGCUAUCAUCUACAAAUAUCAGCGCAGAUCGAGGGGAAAGCAAGGAGGACAAUGGACUGCGACGUUGCCAUCGGGCGACUUGACUUCUCUUGAAGCUGCUAUGAGCGGACAAACGGGACUUUGGAACGACGAUGUCAUCACUGCAAAGAGGAUUCCCCGUGACAAGGUGAAAAUGAAGAAACUUCUCAGUCGUGGAGCCUACGGAGAAGUUUACACUGGAAGAUUCAAUGGACAGCAAGUCGCUGUGAAAAUGCUGCUGCCUUCCACUCGAGGAAAUCUGCAACACGUGACGGAUUUCCUCACUAAAGCUAAACUGACUGCGUCCAUGGAUCACCCUCACAUCGUCACUUUUGUCGGUGUAGCGUGGGAUUCGCUCUCUGAUCUGUGUGUAGUUCUUGAGUUCAUGGAUGGAGGAGAUCUACGUACUUUAUUGAACAAGUACGAGGCCGUUAAACAUCCGGCCGGAGUUGACCUCGAGAAAGCGACUAUAGCUCUUCAUGUUUGCCAUGCACUCACUUAUCUCCACUCGCUAAUGCCUCCAGUUAUCCAUCGAGAUCUCAAGUCUCGUAAUAUUUUGUUAAACCAGUCGAAAGAAGCCAAGUUGACCGACUUCGGUAUCUCGAAGGAACGUCUCGAUCAAACUAUGACUGCAGGUGUGGGGACAUCGCUGUGGAUGGCACCGGAAGUGAUGUUGGGGGAGAAAUAUGACGUCAAAGCGGAUAUUUUCUCGUUUGGUGUCAUGUUGUCAGAGUUGGAUGUGCACACGUUACCGUAUGCGCAGGCCAAGCAGAGAAGCUUGGACACAACCGGCCGGAAAAUGGCGGAUGCCACGUUGUUACAAAAGAUUACUGCAGGGGAAGUUCGAGUGGAGUUUUCGGAGUCAAGUCCUCCAUCGAUGGUUGAAUUGGGAUAUGCUUGUGUUGCAGUGGACUCUGCUGAUCGCCCGACGGCUGCCGAGGCGCUUUACAGAAUUCAAGUUAUCUUAUCGCAAGAGUUGGCAGGGUAAUGCGCGAUAAGUGAAUUAGGGUGAGCUGGUCACGGAACCGACUGUGUAAUACAUACUUUUGAUAAAUAUAAAGGUACACUAA